AUGGGUUUAAAGCGACUGAGGUUGAAUUAUGGAAUUUUCACCCCCAAAUCAGCGUAUGUAGUCAUUCCCGAGCGCUUUGAUUUCUCUUCAUCUUCGGGCACCGAUUUAAAUUCUUUCAUGUUUAGGGCGACGCUACGACAGCUUCUUCCGCUCAGGUACUGGAUCCAGGCCGCCUCGAGUUUCCAGCGAUUCCGCUUCCCCCCGCGAGCGAUCUCCAGCGGCGCGGUAGAUAUUCUAGUGGUGGAGCAGCCACAGGGCGGAUUGAAAUGCAGCCCCUGGCAUGUCCGGUUUGGUCGAUUCCAGGGCUUCUUGCGCAGGGAAGAGAGGAUUGUGGGGAUAGCAGUGAACGAUGUGGAUUCGGGGUUUCAUAUGUAUUUGAAUCGCAAAGGGCAGGUCCAUUUCUUCAAGAACAGCGAGGAGGAGGAAGAAAGGAAAGUAGUGGGUGGUUUUGUGAGGAGCUUCUAUCGGAGAAAGAGAUGGUUUGUGAGGCGUAGGCUUGCAAGUUUGACACCGACAUCGCAGCAGCUAGAAUCGCUCAACUUGAAACAAGGCAGGAACAAGAUCACUUUCACGUUUGCGACUCGCGUUCUUGGUAAGAGACAGGUUGAUGCUGGAAUUUAUUUGCUCCACUGGAGAUCCAAGCUUGUGGUCUCGGAUGUUGAUGGAACAAUCACAAAGUCGGAUGUUCUUGGCCAAUUCAUGCCUUGGAUCGGCCGAGACUGGUCACAAGCUGGAGUGACACCACUUUUCUCUGCGAUUAAGGACAAUGGAUAUAAACUUAUAUUCCUCAGUUCGAGAGCAAUUACACAAUCUUCCAGUACUCGCAAGUUCUUGACAGAUCUAGAACAAAAUGGUGUGAAGCUUCCUGAUGGACCUAUCGUCAUAUCUCCGGAUGGAAUUUUUCCAUCCUUGUAUAGGGAAGUGGUGCGACGACUUCCGCAAGAAUUCAAGAUCGCGUGCUUGCAGGAAAUCAGAUAUCUUUUCCCUCGGGAUUGCAAUCCAUUCUAUGCGGGGUUUGGGAACCGCGACACUGAUGUGAUAACCUACCUCGAAGUUGGAAUUCCUAAAGACAGGAUCUUUACUAUCAAUCCAAAGGGCGAGCUUAUUGCGAGCACUGCAGUGAACGUUAAGUGCUACUUAUCUCUGCACAAGCUCGUUAACGAAAUGUUUCCUGGCAUUUGUGAAUAAACAGAAGCAAAGCAGUGCUUAUAUA